UGACGCACAUGAGAGACGCAUGGACGCUCACUGACGUAAAAGCGGUGCUGCAUGUGGCAGAAGGAUCAGACCGUCAUUAAACUCUCUAGUUUACGCAUAUAUCACUAUAUUAAUAUUUAUUCCGUUGUAAUCCCAGGCUGACUGCGUGAACGCUCCGCAGUCAUGGUGAAGGAGCAGUUCAGAGAGACGGAUGUGGCCAAAAAGAUAAGUCACAUCUGUUUUGGCAUGAAGUCAGCAGAGCAGAUGAGACAACAGGCUCAUAUUCAGGUGGUCAGCAAGAACCUGUACAGCCAGGACACCAGCCACACACCGCUGCAGUACGGAGUCCUGGACCACCGCAUGGGGACCAGCGAGAAGGACAGACCGUGUGAGACCUGCGGGAAGAGCCUGGCCGACUGUCUCGGUCACUACGGCUAUCUGGACCUGGAGCUGCCCUGCUUUCAUGUCGGAUACUUCAAAGCCAUUAUUGGGAUCCUGCAGAUGAUCUGUAAGACGUGUUCUCACAUCCUUCUCAGCAAAGAGGAAAAGCUUCAGUUUCUGGAUUUCUUGCGUAGACCUGGACUGGCGUACCUGCAGAAGCGCGGCCUCAAGAAGAAGAUCUCCGACAAAUGCAGGAAGAAGACCAAGUGUGUGCAUUGCAACGCAUUUAAUGGCCCUGUGAAGAAAUGUGGCUUGCUGAAGAUCAUUCAUGAGAAGUACAAGACCACAAAGAAGGUCGUCGAUCCCAUGGUGUCAGAUUUCCUCCAGUCGUUUGAUAUCGCCAUCGAGCACAAUAAAGAAGUGGAGUCACUACUGACCAGAGCACAGGAAAACCUCAAUCCUCUGGUCGUGUUGAAUGUUUUCCGGAGGAUUCCGAACGAGGACGUUCCUCUUCUGCUGAUGAAUCCAGAAUCCGGGAAACCCGCUGACCUCAUCCUGACACGCCUGUUAGUGCCGCCCCUCUGCAUCCGGCCCUCCGUCAUCAGCGACCUCAAAUCCGGCACCAAUGAGGAUGAUCUGACCAUGAAGUUAACGGAAAUCAUCUUCCUCAACGAUGUCAUCAAGAAGCACCGCAUGUCGGGAGCCAAAACGCAGAUGAUCAUGGAGGACUGGGACUUCCUGCAGCUCCAGUGCGCACUCUACAUCAACAGCGAGCUGUCGGGCAUCCCGCUCAAUAUGGCACCCAAGAAAUGGACCCGCGGCUUCGUGCAAAGACUCAAGGGAAAACAGGGGCGGUUUCGUGGUAACCUGUCUGGAAAGAGAGUGGAUUUCUCCGGCAGAACGGUCAUCUCUCCCGACCCGAACCUGAGGAUCGAUGAGGUCGCUGUACCGGUGCACGUCGCCAAAAUCCUCACCUACCCAGAGAAGGUGAAUAAAGCCAACAUUGAGCUGAUGAGGAAGCUGGUGCGUAACGGUCCUGAUCUUCACCCAGGAGCUAAUUUUAUUCAGCAGAGACACAUGCAGAUGAAGAGGUUUUUGAAGUACGGUAAUCGGGAGAAGAUGGCUCAGGAGCUGAAGUACGGUGACGUGGUUGAGAGACACAUGAUCGAUGGAGACAUCGUUCUGUUCAAUCGGCAGCCGUCUCUGCACAAACUCAGCAUCAUGGCUCAUAUCGCGCGUGUGAAGCCUCAUCGGACGUUUCGUUUUAACGAAUGUGUUUGCACGCCGUACAACGCUGAUUUUGACGGAGACGAGAUGAACCUUCACCUGCCGCAGACGGAGGAGGCCAAAGCUGAAGCGCUCGUGCUCAUGGGGACGAAGGCUAAUCUGGUCACUCCGAGAAACGGUGAGCCGCUGAUCGCAGCCAUUCAGGACUUCCUGACAGGUGCGUACCUGCUCACGCUCAAAGACACGUUCUUCGACCGAACUAAAACCUGUCAGAUCGUCGCCUCCAUCCUGGUGGGAAAAGAUGAGAAAAUCAAGAUCUCCCUCCCGCCUCCUGCGAUUCUGAAGCCGAUCCGGCUGUGGACGGGGAAGCAGAUCUUCAGUCUGAUACUCAAACCCAGUAAAAGCUGUCCGGUGAAGGCCAACCUUUGAGUAAUUUGUGGAUUAGUGCGUACUGGAGACGCGGACCAUUUCAUAAAAAUGUGAAGUUCAUGUGUAACCCGUGUGUGUUUCCGUGCAGUUGUGGUGAUCCAGAACAGUGAGCUGAUGUGUGGCAGUCUGGAUAAAGGAACUCUGGGAUCCGGAUCCAAGAAUAACAUCUUCUACAUCCUGCUGCGAGACUGGGGUCAGCAGGAGGCCGCGGAUGCCAUGUCACGUCUCGCCCGUCUGGCUCCCGUUUACCUCUCGAAUCGAGGUUUCUCCAUUGGGAUCGGAGACGUGACGCCUGGACAGGGACUCUUGAAGGCCAAACAGGAACUUCUGGACGCUGGCUAUAAGAAAUGUGACGAGUAUAUCGAAGCCCUGAAGACGGGCAGGUUACAGCAGCAGCCGGGCUGCACCGCAGAGGAAACGCUGGAGGCGUUGAUCCUGAAGGAGCUGUCCGUCAUCAGAGAUCACGCUGGCAGUGCGUGUUUGAGAGAACUGGACAAAAGCAACAGUCCACUGAUCAUGGCUCUGUGUGGAUCCAAAGGGUCAUUCAUUAACAUCUCACAGAUGAUCGCGUGCGUCGGGCAGCAGGCCAUCAGCGGCUCUCGUGUUCCCGACGGCUUCGAGAACCGCUCGCUGCCUCACUUCGAAAAGCACUCCAAACUCCCUGCUGCGAAGGGCUUUGUGGCAGACAGCUUUUAUUCUGGUCUGACCCCCAGCGAGUUCUUCUUCCACACUAUGGCUGGUAGGGAAGGUCUGGUCGACACAGCCGUAAAAACAGCAGAGACCGGAUACAUGCAGAGGCGUCUGGUGAAGUCUCUGGAGGACUUGUGCUCUCAGUACGAUCUGACGGUGCGCAGCUCCACCGGUGACAUCAUACAGUUCAUCUACGGCGGAGACGGACUCGACCCCGCGGCCAUGGAGGGAAAAGACGAACCGCUGGAGUUCAGAAGAGUCCUCGACAACAUCAGAUCGGUACACAGCUGUCCAGGUGAACCUGCGCUGAGCAGAAACGAGCUGAUCUUAACCUCCGACUCCAUCAUGAAGAGAAAAGGCUUCCUGUGCUGUAAAGACACGUUUCUGGAGGAAAUCAGAAAGUUCAUCAAAACAGUUUCGGAGAAAAUAAAAAAGACACGUGACAAAUACGGCAUCAACGACAACGGGACGACAGAGCCUAAAGUUCUGUACCAGCUGGACAGAAUCACUCCGACCCAGUUGGAGAAGUUUCUGGAAACCUGCAGGGACAAAUAUAUGAGGGCGCAGAUGGAGCCGGGCUCUGCCGUCGGGGCGCUGUGUGCUCAGAGCAUCGGGGAGCCGGGGACUCAGAUGACCCUCAAGACGUUUCACUUCGCUGGAGUCGCUUCCAUGAACAUCACUCUGGGAGUCCCGAGAAUCAAAGAGAUCAUCAAUGCAUCCAAAAACAUCAGUACACCCAUCAUAAGUGCCAACCUGGAUACCGAUGAUGACCCAGACUUCGCUCGGCUGGUGAAAGGACGCAUUGAGAAAACUCUACUGGGAGAGAUUUCCGAGUACAUCGAGGAGGUUUUCCUGCCUGAUGAUUGUUUCGUCCUGGUGAAGCUGUCGCUAGAGAGGAUUCGUCUUCUGAGGUUGGAGGUGAACGCAGAGACGGUGCGAUACUCCAUCUGUACGUCAAAGCUGCGGGUGAAGCCGGGCGAUAUCGCGGUUCACGGAGAGGCUGUGGUCUGCGUGUCUCCCAAAGAAAACAGCAAGAGCUCCAUGUACUACGUCCUGCAGUCGCUCAAACAGGAGCUUCCUAAGGUGGUGGUCCAGGGCAUCCCUGAAGUGGCGCGUGCCGUCAUUCACAUCGAUGAACAGAGCGGCAAACAGAAGCUCAAGCUGCUGGUGGAGGGAGAUAAUCUCAGGGCUGUCAUGGCAACACACGGCGUCAACGGCAACAGAACAACAUCCAACAACACAUACGAGGUCGAGAAGACGUUAGGCAUCGAAGCGGCGAGGUCCACCAUCAUUAACGAGAUCCAGUACACCAUGGUAAACCACGGUAUGAGCAUCGACCGCAGACACGUCAUGCUGCUGGCGGACCUCAUGUCUUAUAAGGGUGAGAUUCUGGGCAUCACCCGCUUCGGUCUAGCCAAGAUGAAGGAGAGCGUUCUCAUGCUGGCGUCCUUUGAGAAGACGGCGGAUCAUCUGUUCGAUGCGGCUUAUUUCGGACAGAAAGACUCGGUCUGUGGUGAGUGA